GUCAGGUCAUUAUAUUAAGAUGCAUACCUUUACCGUUCUUUUUCUUGGCACCCUCCCAGCCCUGGCUCUGACGGCCUCGCUCGGAGCCUCUAUCAUCAAGCGCUCUUGUGGCGAAACUGCCAGUCGCGUCUGCUUUGGCGUCGAUGGAGGCACAGCGCAGAACAUCGACAAGGAUGACAUUCAGUACGCUGCGGAUUACCUGCGACAUCUGGCAGACGAGAACAACAACCCGCUGUGGACGAUGCCACCCGAGUUCGACUGUGCUGAGUGGGGGCUCCCCGUCGCCGACGCAGGAACGGUGCUUGUACUGGCCAAGCACAUCAGGCCGCGCACCAACUCCUCAGUGACGUACUACGACCUAGCCCGUACCAUCGACGGUGGUGUUGACGCAACGCCGGAUCAGAAGGCUGCAUCUUUGCUAGGCGCUUGUGGAUCCGGAGGGGGAAUGCAAGGUGUUACGGUGAAUGCCAACGAUCCGGCUUACAACACGCCUGAGUAUAUUGCCUCGAAGGCGAAACCUGAGGAUAUUAUCAUCAAGGUCGUGAGAGCCCCAAGCUCUUAG